ACGGGGCUUCCAGACACAGAUGUGGAGUUAUCCGCUGUUUCUGGGUCUUAUUCCAACCAUCGAGAGCUGGGGAGCGUAACAAAGACUGAUUAGUAGUUCUUUAGUUUCUAGUUAAAGUUUUUGUGGUUCUGAAGGAGGUUAAUUGGACUUGAGGACUUGUUGGCUGAUCUCUCCGGUUCUUUAGCACGCCGCUCCAGUCUGCGUACCUGAAUCCGCCACCAUGACCUCAGCGCAUCUCUGCAUCUAAAACUAUCAUGCUGGCUACAUUAAGGGGCGACACCCCCUGCUGUGGCGACCCUCGGUGAAUGCGCUUGUUCCCUUCCUGUGGAAUGAUCGGAGUCCAGGUGUCUGCAGCAGCGGAGAGCCGAUGUGGCCGCUCGGAGGAGCCAGCCGGGAACUGACGGAGCGCAUCAGACUGGGAGGCAAGAGAGAGCCUGACCACAGAGGGGACAAUCUCCGGCUUCUUUUACCUGCACCCUAUACGGGCCGCCCGGAGCCAUGGCCUCUCAGAUGGUGUGCGGGCUGAUCUUUAGGCUGCUGCUGCCCAUUUGUCUCGCAGCUGCUUGCCUGUUCAGGUACAAUGUCCUGUCCUUCGUCUACCUCAUCUAUCUCCUGCUUCUUCCGCUCUUUCCAGAGCCAACAAGCACAACAAUGCAAGGCCACACAGGGCGUCUGCUGCAGUCCCUCUGCUUCACCAGUAUGUCCUUCCUGUUGCUGCACAUCAUCUAUCAGAUUACCGUCAACAGCCUCCUGGCCAGGAACUCCAUCUCCUCCGACUUCAACUGUUCGCCGUGGGAGAGCUCUAUACGACAGAUUGGCUUUGAGAGUGUUAUUGGCGCUGAUGCAGGAAACGGCAUCCGAGUUUUCAUCCCUGACAUCGGCAUGUUCCUGGUGGGCCUGGCCAUCUGGCUGCUGUGUCGCAGUCUGGUCCAGAAGAGGCCCCCUGAGGAAAUGGGCCAGUACAAUGCUGACUUCGACGCAGAGGAACAAGAGGACGAGGAGAAGCCAACCCCGUAUGAUGACGACGUCCUGCUGGAGCAGGACCUGGAAGCAGGGUACGAGGCCGAGGACGAUGAGGAGAAUGAGGAACUAUUUGACGAAGAGGAGGAGGAAGAAGAAGAAGAGGAGGAGGAGGAAGAAGAAGAAACCAAAGAGAGCACUAAGAUGAAGAUCCUGCGGAUGGUGGCAGAAGUGGCUUCCAAAGUGAAGGAGAUCAUUGGGAAUCUGAUCACCACUGCAGGGAAAGUGGUGGUCACCAUCCUGCUGGGCAUGGCAGGGAUCAUGCUGCCCUCGCUAACCUCUUUCGUUUACUUCGCCAUCUUCCUGUUCCUGUGCACCUGGUGGUCUCUCUGCCGGACCUUCAACACCCUCAUCUUCAGCUGCAUGUGCAUCCUGAUGGCCAUCUUCAGCGCCGGACACCUCGUAGUGCUCUACCUUUACCAGUUCCAGUUUUUCCAGGAGUUCGUUUCACCAGAGGACAGCUACACCUGGGUCUUUGGCAUUUCUCCCAUCGUCCAGACCAACUGCUCCUACACGUGGAAGCUCAUUGUGCACCCGAAUCGUAAGUGGUACCACUUUGUCAAUCCCAUCAUGCUGCUGAUCCUCUAUUACACCCUGGCCACCCUCAUCCGCCUCUGGCUGCAGGAGCCCAUCAACCAACUCAUGGAUGAUAAGGAUGAAGAUAUGUGUGAGGAAGAGGAGUGGAGUGAAAAUGGACUGAAUAACUCGGCCAACAGGAAGAGGCAGCUGUGGUGGGAGUCUCGCCAGGGCACGGAUGAGAAAAAACUUCUCUCCACCCAGGAUGGCAUCAGUACAACUGAGGUUGUGCCCACCUCAAACGGGACGUCUAUUGACUUCGUUACCACUGAGAACGGACCGAUCUCUCUGGACCUGUACUCGACCCCCCAGUACAAACUGGACAAGCUCAGUGAUAAUACAGAGAAGAAAGAAGAGUCUGUGUAUGAAGGGAGUUUGCCUCCAGAGGAUUUAGCACUGAAGGAGUCCGAGGAAGAAGAGAAUGAGAUCAAGAGAAAAGGAGUUGGUGCAAUGGUUAAAUUCUUCCAUUUCAUCAUGAAACAGAGCUACAUUUGUGCUCUCAUAGCUAUGAUGGCGUGGAGCAUCACGUAUGUCAGCUGGCUGACGUUCGUCUUCCUCAUGUGGUCCUGCGUGCUGUGGAUGGUGAGGGACCGGAGGCGUUACGCCAUGCUGUCGUCCCCCUUCAUGGUGGCCUACGGCAAUCUGGUGAUAGUGCUGCAGUACAUUUGGAGUUUUGAGAAUAUGCCACCAGUGGCAGGAUUCUUUGUCAAGAAGAAUAACCCAUUCCACUCGCUUUCAUCCAAGAUGAUGUGCCUGGUGACGUUCUGGUUGCUGCUGAGACAAACGCUAACCGAGAGACAAGAGAAACAAAAAGAAGACAGUGCAGGUCUCUCAGAUGUCUUUGUGGAUGAACAGAAGAAGAAGGAUGAGGAGGACCCAGAGGAUGGAGGGGAGCAGGACCUCAUGCAUGUUCUCGGCAGCUUGGUGAUGGGUGUUCUGGUCAAAUACUGGAUCUACAUCUGUGGUGGGAUGUUUUUCAUCGUCAGCUUUGAAGGAACAAUCGUCAUGUACAAGAUCAUCUACAUGAUGAUGUUACUUUCCUGCGUGGCCCUCUACCAGGUGCACUAUCAGUGGUGGAGAAGGAUCCUGAAGUACUUCUGGAUGACUGUGGUGAUGUACACCAUGCUGGUCCUCACCAUCGUCUACACAUUCCAGUUUGAUGGUUCCGAAAAGUUCUGGAAAGGAGCGCUGAAUGUGACUGAUGAUAAGUUGGAGGACUUGGGUCUGCGGCGGUUUUCGUUGGCCAUGCUGUUCACCAGGAUCUUUAUUCCUACCUCCUUCCUGCUGGUGUGUAUUCUCCACCUGCACUAUUUCCACGAACCAUUUCUCCAGCUCACUGAUCUCCAGGCCGUUAUAGCCAAAGAAGAAAGCACCAUCUACAGACUGGCGGAGCCCACGGCAAGCCUGGAAGAUCUCACCAUGCUCAGCGCGAGCUCGGUGGAGGCCGUGCUGCCCAAAGACGAGGAGGAGCAGGAAGAGGAGCAGCAGCAAAGUUGGGGUUCAGAGAACGAAAAGGAGCAGCAGCUUGUGGUGGUGAUGGACACCGAUGGCAACGUGAGUGACGAGAAACCCAAAAGCCUCUCCGACCAGCGCCAGUCCAGCACGGAGGAGAGCCAGCGAUGCAGCGCCGCAACAGAACCGGAGCCGAGCACGGAGCAGAGCUCGGAUCUGAAGAAUAAAUGGCACCUGGUGGUCGACCGACUCACAGUGCUCUUCCUCAAGUUCCUGGAGUAUUUCCACAAACUGCAGCUGUUCAUUUGGUGGCUGGUGGAGAUCCAUGUUAUCAAGAUCAUAUCAUGCUACAUUGUUAUGGUUUGCAUCCAAGAGGUGUCUUUGCUCAACUAUGUGUUCCUGGCGUCAUGGGCCUUUGCACUGCCCUACAGCCAGUAUCGACCCCUUGCCUCCAGUGUUUGCACUGUCUGGACGUGUGUCAUCAUUGUGUGUAAAAUGUUGUACCAGCUGAAGACUAUAGAGCCCCAUCAAUACAAAUGCACUAUACCAGAUACCUACACAUCAGACCAACAGAAAGAGAUUAGUAACUCUCCGUUGUAUAAGAAUACAUCGGAUCUCGGCAACUGGGUGGGCCUGAAGAAGGACAAUCAAGACCUCCUGGGAUACCUCAGGAACCACCUCUUGAUGUUGGCGAUGUUGGCUUUUGAGGUGACCAUUUAUCGCCAUCAAUUGUACUUCAGAUUGAGGAACAAACUAUCGCCUCCAGCAGCCAGAAUCAUCUUCCAUGACAUCACACGCCAGCACCUCGACAUCGGCAUCAUCAGCUUUGUUAAAUACUUCAUCAACUACUUCUUCUACAAGUUUGGACUUGAGACAUGCCUGCUCCUGGUGGUAAACGUCAUUGGUCAGCGUAUGGACUUCUAUGCCAUGGUCCAUGCCUUUGCCCUCAUAGUGGUCAUGCACAGACGUAGAAGGAAAGCCAUUGCUGAGAUCUGGUCAAAGUACUGCUUCUUCCUUGCAAGCAUGCUUACGAUCCAGUACUUUGUCUGCAUCGGGAUCCCGCUUGCUGCCUGUAAAGACUAUCCCUGGAGGUUUCCAAACUCUACAACAGACUCCAAUGUGAUCAAGUGGCUUUAUGUCCCGGAUUUCCAAAUGAAGCCCGAUCCAUAUUUCCUCAUCUACGACUUCAUGUUGCUGCUCUGUGCCUCUCUCCAGAAGCAAGUCUUUGAUGAUGAAAACAAGGCAGCGGUCCGCAUCAUGGCCGGUGACAAUGUGGAGAUCUGCAGAGACCUGGACGCAGCCUCCUUUAGCGUUCACAACCCCGUCCCCGACUUCAUCCACUGCAGGUCAUACCUCGACAUGUUAAAGGUCAUCAUGUUCAGCUACCUGUUCUGGUUCGUCCUCACCAUCAUCUUCAUUACUGGGACCACGCGGAUCAGCGUCUUUUGUAUGGGUUACCUUGUGGCUUGCUUCUACUUCCUGCUGUUUGGUGGUGACCUGCUGCUGAAGCCAAUCAAAAAGAUCCUCCACUACUGGGACUUCCUGAUUGCCUAUAACAUCUUUGUAAUCACAAUGAAGAACAUUUUGUCUAUCCUGGCUUGUGGCUACAUCACCUCCCUGAUGCAGAACCAUUGCUGGUUAAUCCAGUUUUUCAGUCUAGCGUGCACCAUCAAAGGUUACCACGUAAACACCACACAGACCAGCCAAAGCAGCGGAAACUUCUGUGAGCUGCCCAAAGACGAGGCAGGGAUAAUCUGGGACAGCAUCUGCUUCGCCUUCCUGCUGCUGCAGAGACGAGUCUUCAUGAGCUACUACUUCCUCCACGUGGUGGCUGAUAUCAGAGCGUCGCAGAUCCUUGCGUCCAGAGGAGCAGAACUUUUCCAGGCCACGAUAGUGAAGGCGGUGAAAGCCCGACUGGAGGAGGAGAGCAAAUCAGUGGAGCAGCUGAAGAGACAGAUGGACCGCAUUAAGGUGAGGCAGCAAAAGUUUAAGAGGGGCAAGGAGAAGAUGCUGAGCCUGGCGCAGGAGUCCGCCAGCGGACAGACGCCCGUCCGGCCCGAGGAGGAAGACGACGAUGAUGGAGCACAGCGAGCGAAAGCCAAGACCAAAAAAAAGCAGUGGUGGAGGCCGUGGGUUGACCAUGCUUCCAUGGUUAGAAGCGGAGAUUAUUACUUGUUUGAAACUGACAGUGAGGAGGAAGAGGAGGAGGAGGACAAAAAAGACGAAGAGCCGCCAAAGAAGUCCGCAUUUCAGUUUCUUUACCAGGCCUGGAUCGCUGACCCCAAAGCUGCUUUGAAGGCACGAGCCAAAGACAAACACAAGUUUUGGAAGAAAUACACAAAGAGAGUGAGAAACAGGAAAAGCAAGAAAGAUGCAGGUCAUGUUGCGAUAGAGGUGGGGGAGCUCUCUGAUGGGCAAGAAAAAGGAGAGGAGAACAAGAAGUCUGCUGGUCCAGACAACAUCAUCAAGCGGGUCUUCAACAUCAUAAAGUUCACUUGGGUGCUCUUCCAGACAACGGUCGAGAGCUUCACCAGCUGGAUGAACGACAUGUGCAGGGAGUACAUCGACAUAUCUACGGUGCUUCGUAUUGAGCGAUGCAUGCUGACACGUGAGGUCAAAAAGGGCAAUGUGCCGUCCAGAGAGAGCAUCCAUGUCUACUACGAGAAGGCCAUGAAACUGAACAUCUCCAGGCAGGCCAGCCUGGAUCAGCUCAGCGAAGAUGGGUCGAUAUCUGGCUCCACAAAGGGUCGAAAGAGGCGGAGAGGUUACCCCAUGGAGAGCCAGGACUCUACGGCCUCCAGAGACAGCAUAUCAAGUGCCCUCACGGAGGCCACCAACCUGUUUUCCCGUCAGUCUACUCUGGAAGACAUGGACGCAAUGCCAGAGAACAUUCCCAAAACCAGUCAGCGUCCCAGACCCAGCCUGCGGAAGAUGUACAGCAUGGACGUGCCCAAUUCGUCCAUGGACAGCGGCAGCAGCUUUAUAUCCAGUGAAACGACUCAGUGCGUCAUGAUCUACUCCAAACAAGGCACCACAGACCCCAUCGAGGAAGUGGAGGACGAGCAGGAUCAAGGAGAAGACAAGCAGCAGCUGGAAUUCCAACAGCUUGAGCAAGAUCAAGAAGCAGAGGAGAUGCAGUAUGGUGAAGGAGAACCGAAGGAGAGGGCAGGUGUUGAAGAGGAUGAUGAACUUCGGGAAGGUGAUGAGGCUGAGGAAGUUGGUGGGGUGGAGGUACGUGAGGACCAGGAACGAGAGGGUGUUCACUGUGAGUCCUUGAGCCCUGAUGAGGGGCCCUCCGAGAGGCAGGACAAAGCAGAACCUGCCCUCUCCACUCAGGAGAACGACUCAAUCAGCGAGAGCGAUGACGGAGGAGGACGGAAGGACUUCAUGCAGUCAGACGGUCAGGUGGUGAUACUCUACACCCCCGACACAGACGCCUCAAAAACAUCAGACGCCGACGUGCCUCCCAGCUACAGCAAGGCAGUGAGCUUUGACCGCCUGGAGGUCAGCGACGAUGAAAGUGACUCUUACAGGAGGAGGCGCUUGGUGAUGACGUCCGACAGCCGCUCAGACAGCCGGUCGGACAUCAUGCUGCCCUCCAUGACCACCGAGCUGACGGCCAGCGAGCUGCUGCUCAACAAGAUGUUCUAUGACGAGGAGUUGGAACAGUCGGACCAUUUCUACCAUAGGCAGCCGCUGAUCCUGCAGUUCUCCUACGCCCUCUACAACAUGCUGGUGGCCCACUCGGAGUUCGUCUGCUACCUGGUCAUCAUUAUUAACCACUUGGUGUCGGCCUCCUGUGUCACCCUGGUCCUCCCCAUCACCAUCUUCCUCUGGGCCAUGCUGUCGGUGCCACGGCCCAGUAAGCGCUACUGGAUGACAGCCAUCAUCUACACUGAGGUCACCAUUGUCAUCAAGUACUUCUUCCAGUUUGGCUUCUUCCCCUUCAACCAGAACAAGAUAGACAGGAAUAAACCAUAUCACCCUCCCAACAUUAUUGGUGUAGAGAAAAAAGAUGGAUAUGUCCACUAUGACUUGGUCCAGUUGCUGGCUCUGUUCUUCCACAGGUCCAUCCUGAAGUGUCACGGUCUGUGGGACGAGGACGACCACAGAGAGAAGAAAGAAGCCUCUCAUCAGAGUCGGAGCGAAUCUGAGGAGGAGGGAAGAGACAAAGAGGAAAGUGAGGAGUUUGAGCCGGCCUCAUCGCUGAUCGAGGAGAGGAGAGGCUCCAAUCACACCUUAAGGUCCAUAACCUUUGGGACCUCCAUUGAUUCAGGACAAGUCCAGGUGCAUUGCCCACAGCCUCAGACAUACCAGAGACGGAAAAGCUCCAGCGGAGGCUCGCAUGUUUCCUAUCGAUCUCGAGUUUCUUCUGCAAGAUCUAAGAGAGGAAGUACGGCUUCCCGCAGCAGCAGCCACAAGGACGGCAGUCAGGCCAGCGUCCACCAGAAGACCCGCAAACAGAUGAUCAUCGAGAAGCUGAGGGAGCAGCUCUUCAAAGCAAAAGCUUUCCUUAUAAACCGGUUUUUGGAGAUCUACCUCCCCAUGAAGCAGUUCUUCUACAACCUGAUCCACCCGGAGUACAGCGCCGUCACGGACGUCUACGUGCUGAUGUUCCUGGCCGACACCGUUGACUUCAUCAUCAUUGUGUUCGGAUUCUGGGCGUUUGGAAAACACUCAGCUGCAGACAUUACCUCGUCUCUGUCGGAGGAUCAGGUCCCUGGGCCCUUCCUGGUCAUGGUCCUGAUCCAGUUCGGCACCAUGGUGGUGGACCGGGCCCUCUACCUCAGAAAGACCGUCAUGGGGAAGGUCAUCUUCCAGGUCAUCCUUGUCUUUGGAAUCCACUUCUGGAUGUUCUUCAUCCUGCCUGGUGUCACAGAAAAGCGUUUCAGUGAGAACACGGUCGCUCAGAUGUGGUAUUUUGUCAAGUGCAUCUACUUUGGACUGUCAGCCUAUCAGAUCCGCUGCGGGUAUCCCACCCGUGUUCUGGGAAACUUCCUCACCAAGAGCUACAACUAUGUCAAUCUGUUCCUGUUUCAGGGUUUCCGCAUGGUACCUUUCCUGACGGAGCUGCGAGCGGUGAUGGACUGGGUUUGGACCGAUACCUCGUUGUCCUUGUCCAGCUGGAUCUGCGUGGAGGACAUAUAUGCUCACAUUUUUAUCCUCAAAUGUUGGAGAGAAUCUGAGAAGAGAUACCCUCAGCCGCGAGGCCAGAAGAAAAAGAAGGUGGUGAAAUACGGGAUGGGAGGAAUGAUUGUGGUGCUCCUCAUCUGUAUCGUCUGGUUCCCGCUUCUCUUCAUGUCGCUGGUAAAAUCUGUGGCUGGGGUCGUCAACGCUCCGCUGGACGUGUCGGUGAAAAUCACCCUGGCAGGCUUUCAGCCCAUCUUUACCAUGAGUGCUCAACAACAGCAACUCCGCUCUGUGCAAGAGAAUGAAUUUGUCAACUUUACGAAAGCAUUUGUAACCAGUGAUGAGUCCAAAACAAAUAUGGCCUUGCAGUGGCUGGAGUCCUACUUUGCACAGGAUCUGAUCAUCGCGGAGCUGAAAGGCAGCUCCAACUCCCUGUGGACCAUCAGCCCACCCAGCAGACUCAACCUGAUAGAAAUGUUGGGAUCAAACGAGAAGGAUUUCCCAAUCACUGUCUCCUGGUCUGUGCAAAGAAACUUCAGUCUUGGUGCCAAAGCUGAAACAGCAUCUGGGAAAAAUGUGAUGUCUCUAGAUGAUGAAACAAGACGGGAUCUCAUAAUGCUUUUGAAUGGGACAUCGAGCCACUUAAAAGUGACCAUCCCAAAGUUCAUUCCCCGCUAUAUUCGAGCCCCGAGUGACUCAGACGCCACGCCUGUCGAGCAGCUCGGUGAAGACCACAUGUUUGAUAUUUCCCUUACCCUGAUGCGAGCCCAGAAUUUAUCUGAUCAGAUACAGGAAUGGUGGAUUGUCAACCAACUUACGGCCGGACCCUUAGACACCAUUGAUCCAAAGCGUGAAGCGGGCCUCCGCAUCUAUGUCUUUAGCGACCAAGUCAGCCCGCCCAGUCUGGGUUUCCUGGCCGGAUACGGAAUCAUGGGCCUGUACGCCUCCGUUGUUCUGGUCAUCGGGAAAUUUGUGCGCGAGUUCUUCAGCGGCAUCUCCCACACCAUCAUGUUCGAGGAGCUGCCCAACGUGGAUCGCAUCCUUAAGCUUUGCACCGACAUCUUCCUGGUCCGAGAGACGGGGGAGCUGGACCUGGAGGAAGACAUGUACGCCAAACUCAUCUUCCUCUACCGCUCGCCGGAGACGAUGAUCAAGUGGACCCGGGAGAAAACUCAGUGAGAUGGGGAGGUUAAUAAAUGAAGAUGGUUCAGAGCUGUUCAGGGGAACUGUGUGAUCACUGCAUGAGCACAACGUUUGAGCCCCGGCAGCAGUGAUGCAGCAUUGGCUCCACACAGAAACACUGAUUUUACCUAAAACUGGUACUUUUUACUUGCUAGGGAUAAAAAGCAACAACAGUGACCAUCUCCUUAAUGAAAAUUGAGCACAAAUUUGCAGCUGCAAAAGUUGUUACUACUGCUCGGUAGGUCGUAAGGUGUGAAAUGUGGCUGCAGCAUUACUGUUUUAAGGGCUUUCCACUGACAAACAUGUGCACAGUGAUGACCAGACGAGCACAAUCUGAGACUCAUCCAACUGGAACCUUGGAUGGUGCAAUACUGAGCUCCCGUGCCAGGCUUUCAAGGAACGAGACCACACAAAGAUGGCCAUUUCAGACCAGGAAACAUUACAUUUCUUUUUACUAGGCUCUCUGAAAAUUUUAAACUGUUCUGAGACUUUCUUGCCUUAUUUUGUUUGUAUGAGAAGAACUGAAACUGUUCAGAAUCACAAAUCUUUCUCAGGAAGAGCUGUUUCACCGAUACUUCCCGUAUGUGUCGAAUAUGUAUGUAGUCUUCAACGGAUCUAAAACCAUGUGAGGUUGUAGAAAAGGUGAGAACUAUUUAAAUGGCAUGAAAUAUAUUAAGACGGACUAAAGUCAGGUUUGUUUACUGCACACAGCGGGAGGAGGGUCUUCGUAAAGAAUGACAUUAUUGCCAAUCAACCACAUCCACUCAGUUUGAAUCAUCAUGACUCCUCCUCUUCAUCACCUACGGGGAUCGCUCUUUUUAACACUCAAACACACAAAAAGCUGUGGGGGCCACAGCCGUGCAUCCAGAAGAAGAAAUGCUUCCUCACAAAAAGGGCUGAGACACGACCCCCUUGGUCCAAACUAUGCAUUAACAACAUUUUAGCAUGAGUAAAAAAACAAAACUUAAUUAUUGCCAUGAAUGAUUCUCAAAACAUGUACAUACAGGGGGUCAUGUUACUGAAGGGACAGGUUGCUGAGAAAUGAAAUGUGAAAUUGUAGCUGUAUAUUAAGACGGUGAGACAAGAUGUGCAAAUAAAGAUAUCUUGAAAAGUU